GAUGAUGAGAGACUUUUGCAGUGUAUGGAUGUUGAAAAACUCGACUCUGAAGUGCCAAUGCCUUCAGGUUCUGAGGUUUACGAGGAGCUCAAGCUUUUAUCAAGGAUAUCCUACCCAAUGAUCCUUACUGGGAUUCUGGUUUAUGUUCGAAGCCUCAUUUCCAUGCUAUUUUUGGGCAGAUUAGGUGAGGCAGCUCUCGCCGCUGGUUCGCUUUCGAUUGGUUUUGCCAAUAUCACAGGCUAUUCCAUCAUCUUUGGCCUUGCAACGGGCAUGGAACCCAUUUGUGGGCAAGCCUAUGGUGCACAAAAUUGGUCCAUUCUAGGUCCAGCUCUCAUUAGGACAAUAGUUUUUCUCAUAAUUUCAUCCCUUCCUAUCUCCUUACUUUGGCUCCAUAUGGACCAUAUCCUCCUGUUGUUAGGCCAAGAAGCAACUAUCAUUCAUAUGGCCAAAACCUACAUUCUCUUUUCUCUUCCUGACCUUUUUGCUCAAGCCCUUUUGCACCCAUUAAGGAUUUACUUAAGGUCCCAAAACAUAACUUUUCCUAUUGCUAUUUGUUCAGGCAUUGCCACCCUCUUCCACCUCCCAAUCAACCUACUCUUGGUCCAAACAUUAGAUUUGGGUAUCAAAGGUGUGGCAUUAGGAGUAGUCUUCACAAACUUUAACCUAGUUUUUCUCUUACUAAUCUACAUCUAUUAUAGCGGUGUCUACCAAAUGAGUUGGAAAGGAUUUUCCCAAGAGUGUCUACAUGAAUGGAAGUCUUUCCUCACAUUAGCCAUCCCAAGCUGUGUGUCCAUAUGCUUAGAGUGGUGGUGGUAUGAGUUUAUGAUUAUCCUAUGUGGCUUACUUCUUAACCCUGAGGCAAAGGUGGCAGCUAUGGGAGUACUAAUCCAAUUCACAUCAUUAAUCUAUGUCUUCCCUUCAUCUUUAAGCAUGGGGGUCUCGACAAGGGUGGCGAAUGAGCUCGGUGCACGCGAACCGGCUAAGGCAAAAAGGGCGGCCAUGGUGGGGUCAGGAUUGGCAAUAGUGAUGGGACUAGGGGCAUUAAGCUUUGCUACCUUGUUGAGAAACUAUUGGGGUAUGAUGUUUACAAAGGAUUAUGAUAUUUUGAGAUUAACCAAGAUUGCUUUACCUAUAUUAGGCCUAUGUGAGCUAGGCAAUUGCCCUCAAACAACAAUGUGUGGGGUCCUUAGGGGGAGUGCCAGGCCUAACAUAGGUGCUAAUGUGAACUUAGGGGCAUUUUAUUUCAUAGGAAUGCCUGUUGCCCUUGUGUUGGCUUUCAAGGUCAAGAUUGGGUUCUCAGGCCUAUGGUUAGGGCUUCUUGUUGCACAAAUUUCUUGUGCAGUGACUCUAGGGGUGGUGGUCAUUAGGACAAACUGGGUUGUUCAAGCACAAAGAGCUGAGGAGCUCACCAAAUUUGAUGGGUAUCAAAAGUUAUCUGAACGUGGUGAGGUUGGAAGUUGAGGAAUCAAUCUUUUGAUAAUUCAUAUUGCAAAGUUGAUGUUGUAAAGUCAUGGAAGAGGCUGACUAAAAUAACAUUAGGAGUCUACACCAAUGUAGACUGUAACA